AUGGUGGACUCGGGGCUCUCCGGUUCGAACGAAACCAGCUACAGCAGCGGCGUGUGCUCCACGCCGACCGGCACGGAGGCUCCCUCCUCAUACGCGACGCCGCCGGAUACGGAAGCCCUGAGGAGGCUCUCCGACAGCCUCGAAUCGAUCUUCGAGCGCCCGCGCUCCGGCGCCGGCUCGUCCUUCUCCGACGCCGCGAGGUCCCCGUCCACCGUUUGCGGGUGUUGUGAGAAGAGAGUAAGUGCUGUUGCAGUAAGCAAUGAUGGCCUAUUUGUGUGUUUUGCUGAUAAAUUUGGAGUUGUUUGGGUUGUGAGUUUAAAGGAGGAUGCUGAAAAUCAGGCUUUGCCUGAUAAAAAAGCAGCACCAAUGCUGGCUCACUAUUGCAGCAUCAUCACUAGCUUGGAAUUUUCUCCAGAUGGACGGUUCAUUGUCAGUGCUGAUCGGGAUUAUAAAAUUCGUGUUACUGUGGUUCCCAAGAAUCCAUUGGAUGGGGCUCACGAGAUACAAACUUGUUGCUUGGGUCAUUCUGAAUAUGUAUCCUGCCUUGACUUCAUUCGUUCCCCAGAUUAUCCACAUGGGCUUCUUGUUUCAGGAAGCGGUGAUUCCACUGUUCGCCUUUGGGAUGUGACAUUGGGUUCUCUCUUGGAUACUUGUGAAAUUGGAGCUAAGGCAGAACUUUCAGCUACUGAUGGAAUAGAAGAAGAGCCCUGUCAUGCUGUCACUGAUCUUUGCACUUGUCCAAAUGGUACAUCCAUAGCAUUGGCAGUUCAGAGCUUGAAAGGUGUAAUGCUUCUGAACUGUGAUCUUUCUGCUAAAACUCUUUCUAUAGCCAAGGUGAUACUCGUUGAAGGAGAGACCUUAAUACCGACAAGCUUGGGGACAAGCUUAUCCGAGGGACUUCUGUGGAUGGUCACCGGUAUCUCUAAGUUGCGUGGUUCGGACCAAUCCUCUUUGGCUCAAGUGAGGGCCGUGUCUGCUUUUGAGGACAACAGUGUACAGCGGACGGAACAUAAUCCUCUUGAGAGGAUUAUGUUCAAGUACAUUGAGCUAUGUGUUGAUAUGCAGAGGGGGAGAUUUGCCAAGGAUGUUCAAGUACAUUGAGCUUUAUGUUCAAGUACAUGGAAAAUGUAGAUGAAUGUAUUUCAUUUUCAUAUUAUUAUAAUAUUUUGAUGUUAUUAAGUGCUUAAUCAAUGUUAAAUACAAAUUCUAGAAAUUAAUUUUGCUUUUAAUUAGAUUUAAAAUCGAAAAAUAAAAGAAAUGAUUUUAUCAUA